GUAAAUGUCGAGAUCAAUAUUAUGGAUCAAAUACGGGUCAUGACCUUAGCAUUCAGUUACAACCAAGCAUUGUUAUGAGAAUCGGCAUCGGAGUUUUAAGAACUCCAUAUCGAUUUCUUUUUAUUCCAUCAGAAAUAGUACCGAUAAUCCAUCAAGAACG